AUGCACGGUGCGGUCCCUUCCGGGGCAUCUGUUUUGGGGUUCUUGUGGCGUGGCUCGUUGAGACUUCUCCCUAGGCGUCCUCCCUCGGUUGACAGUUCGAGAGCUCAGAUCUUGGCUGAGGCUUUCUCUUCACCAGCUCUGACUAGCCACUUAUUGUUGGAGUUUUUGGAUAUGGGGUAUGGCUCUGUAGGUCUCCUUAGCUUUGUAGCGUGUAGUAUGAUUGUUGCAGAUUUUAUUUCUGGUGCUUGUCUUAGUAGCUGUUGCGGUUGCUUGCGUGAAGUUGGGGAUGUUGUAUUGUAUUGUAGGCUUUCGAGAAGCACUGCUCGGAGAACCCGGCUGCAACCCCUCAAGUGUUCCCUCAUCGGCCAGCAGCAAAUUGAGGAUGAAAUUUCCAAAACGACGCCGUUCACGGAGGAAGAAAACGCACUGAUCGACGCUUUGAUCGGAAUCCAAGGCCGCGGCCGCUCCGCCUCCUCGGCGCAACUCCAGGAAGUUGAAAGGGCCGUCCAGAAAUUAGAAGAUUUAAAGGGUGUCCCUGAUCCAACAGGAUCGAGCUUCAUCGAAGGACGUUGGCAGUUAAUGUUCACCACAAGACCUGCAACAGCUUCCCCAAUUCAGAGGACAUUUGUUGGGGUUGACGCUUUCAGUGUGUUCCAGGAAGUGUAUCUUCAAACUGAUGAUCCACGGGUCUCGAAUAUCGUAAAGUUUUCGGAUACAAUUGGUGAGCUGCAAGUUGAGGCAGUGGCAUCAAUCGAAGACGGGAAAAGGAUCCUCUUCCGGUUUGACAGGGCUGCCUUCUCGUUUAAAUUCCUUCCAUUCAAAGUUCCAUAUCCGGUGCCUUUUAGACUUCUUGGAGAUGAGGCAAAGGGCUGGUUGGACACUACUUACUUGUCUCAAUCUGGAAAAAUACGUAUAUCACGUGGAAACAAGGGAUCGACAUUUGUGCUGCAAAAGGAAACUGAACCAAGACAGAGAUUGCUAUCAGUCAUUUCUAAUGGUAGUGAUGUGAGAAAGGGUAUUGAUGAGUUUAUCACGUUAAAUCGAAAUGCGGCUAAAGGUGAAAUGGAACUUUUGGAAGGAGAGUGGCUAAUGAUAUGGAGUUCACAGGAAGAAACAGAAAGUUGGUUAGAGAAUGCUGCAAAAGGUUUAAUGGGAAAGCAGAUUAUUCGGCCAAAUGGCGGCAUGAAGUUCCUGGUCGAUAUUUUGUUAGGUUUCAAAUUCUCCAUGACUGGAAAAUAUGUGAAAUCUGGGAUCAACACGUAUGAUAUCACGAUGGACGAUGCAGCCAUAGUGGCUGGUCCGUAUGGGCUUCCAGCUGAAUUGGAGACCAAGUUCACACUUGAACUUCUAUAUACGGAUGAAAAGAUAAGAAUCAGUCGCGGGUAUAACAAGAUUAUUUUCGUCCAUGUCCGUGUCGAUUGA